UUCGAAGAAGAGUGCAGCAUCGCAGCUCGUCCUCGAUGCGGAGCACGAUCUUCCGGAGUCUUGGUCUUGGGCGGGAUCGGGACUGAGGCUGCGGAGCGAGGUUCAGGAUCGAUUGUGAGGGACGAGAGACCAUGGAGCGGGGGGCUGCAGAUGCGGUCUCGGCCUUCGGCGACUCGGACUUCGAAUCGUUCCCCUUCCGUCAGUACCUUCGUCCGGUGGAGAUUUGUGUGAUGAACACCAGCGUGGUGAAGUUUUCCGUGUCGUUCGAGGUGCCCCCCAACCCUAGUGACGAGCAGGAGUGCGCUUGCAUCAGCCGGAAUCAACCCGAUUUCGGCACGAUUGCCCACGGAAUUUACCUCGAGCUUGCAGAUCGUUUCAGGAAAUUGACCUCAUUUUCGCUUGGAUUUCUCGGCGAGUUUCUUGUAGGACGAUCCGGCAUUUUUGCUCCCGACGCACGGAGCAGAUGGUAGCCACCCCUCUUCUCUCGAAAUUAUGGGACCUUGCUGCUUAUGCGCGCCUCGUUUUGCUGGGAAUCCACUCCUCGUGAAAUCGGGUGAGUGCAGAAAAUUCCACGGCGACUCUCUUGCCAUUUUGGCAUGAAAGGCUUUUGGCUCGACAGUUGUUUGUGGUAAAAAAGAUGUGUAGAAGAAAAUCGAGGAUCUGGAGAAUCACGUUCAGGAGAACGGUUCCAAUUUCGAGACCUUGUCUUGUCUACUUCCAUGCGGAUUAUCUGGUGGGAGGUGGGAGGUGGGAGGUGUGAGGUUUGAGGGAAGAAGGUGCUUCUUUGGCAAACGAGUGCACCGACCGUCCGAGCAUGGCGACCCUAAUCAGCGACCCCUCCAAUUGAAUACUGUAAGCAGAGAGGCGAAGUGCGCUCUUCCCGACGGUGACGAGCCUUCGCCCUCUUGUCAUCAGUGUGUACAGAACCCCGUCGACACAACCACCGUACGUCGUGUAGAUAUUUGUGUUCUUGGCAUGUACAAAAAUAUCAGUCCAAUUCCAUCUGUAUGCAGAGGAGUGCCUUACUCAUCUACGCUGAUGCGAUGCAGUAUGAACUGCUAGCGGGCUCGCAGUUCAUCCAUACCGCACUGGAUUCUGCUAGAAAAUAGUCCUCCAUGUGCCAAGCACUGGAUUUUGCUAGAAAAUCGUCCUCCAUGUGCCAGCGUUCUCGUGUACAUUUGUAAUCUGUAAUUUGCUCCAGCUUUUGGAGACCUCAAUCAAUAAUUCUCAGCUGACGAUGUCCAACGAAUUACUGACAUCGACCUUUGUGAGUUGAUUA